AUGCCCUGCUUAAGAUUGCAAGGAUGGAAGGUAUUGGGGCAUUGUGGAACGGCACUCUUCCGUCCAUCGUCUUGGCGUCCAAUCCGUCCUUACAGUUUAUGGUGUAUGAGGUGGUGAAACGAUACUUUCAGAAACUGAUGAAGACAAAGGACCUCAGUGGGUUCCUGUACUUUGUUAUUGGGGCCGUUGCCAAGGCAACAGCUACCAUCACAACAUACCCUCUUCAGGUUGUGCAAUCACGUCUUCGGGCUGGGUACAACAAAGAAGAAAGAUCUGCAAGCAUAUUAAGCAGUUUGAAAGAGCUGAUUAGGCAGCAGGGUGUGAAGGGACUAUACAAGGGGAUGGAGGCAAAGCUGUUACAAACCGUGCUCACAGCAGCCUUCAUGUUCAUGAUCUAUGAGAAGAUUGCAGCGACCAUAUUCAGCAUCAUGGGCCGCAGUCAAGGUCAAGCUUCUAAAUGACCCUGAAUGAAAAGUAGGAAUCAAAAUAGAUAUAGUACCAUUUCUGUAUAGGUAUAUUAGGUCAAUUAAUCUGUUUGAAUUUUUCGGUGCCCAGAUUGCAAAACAAUGAACUUUAAAGUUAAGUUACCUGUUGAAUUGAAUAUUGAAUUUACAAAAAGCAAAUAUUUUCAUGUUUUGGCUUAAGAUAUAUAAACCUUUAUUAGAUUUAAACUUUGAAUCGAAUCUGAGAUUUGGUUCUUAUGAUUGAAACGUGUUUGUGGAUACUAAAAGGUCAAUGUCAUUUUUGACAACAUCUUGAAGAAAAGAGAAUUCGAUCGAUACAAAAUUAGAGUUUAUAGAAUAAGUACAAUAUAUGUAUAGAUAUAUUUCCACAAUAAAUUGUUUAAAGUUAUUAAUCAAAGAUAACAGUCAUGUUUUAUCAGGUUGUGUUUUUAUAGAGGUAGUCAUGUGAUAGUGCACUAUUUAUAGAAAUAAUGCACUAUUUAUAAGACUUAUGAAAUGAGUUUUUUUUACAUUUAUAUCAAGUUUUGUGUUUAUAUUUUGUGUAUACAUGACUAUAUAAAAAUUAGCAAAGUGCAAUGGAACUGUUCUCAUUUUUUAACUGAAAGUAAGUUAAGUGUUUAUUUUAAAGAACAAUUUAUUUUUUUAUGAAUUCAUGCUUUUAGAAAUUCUGGAGUGUACCGGUGUAAUGGUUACAGUUGGUUCCACAUAGUCUACGACAAUAACAGUCCUAGGACAAUGGUCUGAAGGACAUUAAAUUAACAAAUAAUUUUUAUAAUGAACUAGUUUUAUGUCUUCCUGUAGUUUGUAAUCGGUGUGUUUUAGUGUGACACGGUUUACUUUAAACGUUCCAUUGUGAAUACUGAAAUCCUGACAAGAUAUGGAAAUAUCUUUUUCCUUACGUUUCAGUAUUUGAUAAGAUUCAGGAAAUUUGUUUAUACUUUUGCAUCAUUUGGUUAACAUGUAUCUAUACUUAACUGUAGAAGUGCCGAACUAGAUUCAUCGCCAGAGACAAGAUUUAGGGGC